UUUUUAGCAAUCAGUUUGCAGCAAACCUUCGGCUAAAAUAGUUCAACAAUUUUUAACUCUGCUUUGUUCGAAGUGUUUUUUUUAAUUUUGCAUUUUAAUAAAUAAAAGGAGAUGCACAGCUUCAUAUUCUAUAUAUUCCUCGUUUGGCUUAGCUGUCUUAGCGAUCUAACUGUGAUGUGCUACAAAAUACCAGAAGUUAAGCUUGAAGUACUACAGAACGGAUUUCGAGUGUCAAUACCGCAUGAGCCUGGCAUCGAAAAUGUGGCUUUCAAUAUCAAUCGUAAUCGGCCAUUUAAAGCCUUCGAACCGGGCGAGUAUUCCAAUCGAAUACGUACACAAAUCAACAAUCUGUGGUUUCUCGAGACCCAACGUCGCCUUCAAGAUGACGAUACCAUUUAUGUAUGGACCGAUGUGCAAUUUAAUAAAUCUCGAUAUCGCGAUAUUUCCACGCCGAUUGCAGUAAGUCAUGCGCUACGAGGCCAAGCUUCUCAAAGUGGUGCGAGCACUAUUCCUCCAAUGAUCGCAGUAAGUCAAGUACCGCAAAGUGUUAAUGAAAUUGCACCAACAACCACCACCGAAGAGCCGCCUGCCAUAGACCAACGAAAUGAUAAGUGCGAACCUUCAUUGACGACCAUUCACAAUCGUAAAGUAUGCAGGGGCCAACUUAUAUUCGAAGAGAAUUUCGACGGCGAUCAAUUGGAUGCAUCCCGUUGGCGUUACGAAGUACGCCUACCGCUUGAUAUCGCUGAUGCUGAAUUUGUAUUAUACGAUACAAAUGCAGAGCUUUCAAAUGGCUUACUGAAAAUCGAACCAAGACUUUGGGGUAAUGAUAGUCCAAAUGCGGACAUACAAAAGGGAGAUUUAAAUUUAGGAGCACGUUGUACAGCAUAUCAAAAUCCAGAAGUGGAAUGUCAACGACAUUCUUUCGGCAGAGUCGUUCUACCACCGGUGCUCUCUGCGCGCAUCAACACCAAACAUGCAUUCAGCUUCAAAUACGGACGCGUAGAAGUGCGCGCCAAGUUGCCACAAGGCGACUGGCUUUUCCCACUUCUCCUGUUGGAACCACUAGUCAACUAUUAUGGCCAACAACCCUAUGCCUCGGGCCAAAUGCGCAUAGCCUUUUUACGGAGCAAUCUAAAUCUACAGACAGGUAGCGGUGUUGAAGUGGGUGGACGUGUACUCCAUGGCGGCGCCGUACUUUGUGCCGAAUCAAAUAAUCGUGAUAAAUUUAUGGUGAAUACCAGUCGCGGUGCACAUUUUGGAGAAAGUUUCCAUAUCUAUUCGCUAACAUGGAAUGAUCGUCUUCUACGUUUGGAUGUGGAUGGACAAAAUUAUGGCACAGUAGAGGGGGGAUACGCACAAAUUGUAAAUGAUUUUAAUAAUGCUUGGGCAAACGGCAAUUAUAUGGCGCCCUUUGAUCAAGAGUUCUUCAUUACACUUGGUGUUGCCGCUGGUGGACAUGGAGAUUUUCCAGAUGAAUAUUCUUCGAAACCCUGGGUAAAUAGUUCACCCAAGGCGGCACUUUAUUUUUGGCGCGAUCGUCAUAAUUGGAAAUCAACUUGGAUCAGUCCAGCACUGCAGGUCGAUUAUGUGCGCGCUUACGCGAUUUAGAAGGCUGACGAAAACCGUCCAUCUUCAGUGAUGGUUAAAUUUAAGUAAAAUCUAUAAAUUUGGUAUUUUUAAUAUUUUUUAUACUGAAGUUUAAAAUUCAUAUUUAAAUUAUAUUUUUAGUUGUAUAAUUAGUUAAAGAAAAUGUAAAUAUAAAAAGAAAAUACCCAAGGCCACAAGCUAAUCUUAUUGGUACGUCAUCACGUUUAUUCUCCGGCACUACUUCGACACUCGUUUUAAUAAAUUGAAAUAUUUUUUAAAGGCAUG